AUAAAGGCUAAACUCUAAUCCGUCUACAAAGACAACCAAUCAUGUCUGACAAACCAAACCUUGAGGAGGUCACCAGCUUUGACAAAAGCAAGCUGAAGAAGACUGAGACUCAGGAGAAAAACCCACUGCCAUCUAAAGAAACCAUUGACCAGGAGAAGCAGGCGGCCCCGUGAAGACACAAGCUUGCCAUCAUGCACUGUGCACACCCCCUUCCCUGCAUUGCCUUUUCAUUCACUUCUUUUAGCAGUAUAACUUUGUAACCAAAAUGUCAAAAAAGAAAAUCUAAA